AUGCGGCAAUUUCCUAAGGCCCUGCUUGAAGCUGCUUGAACAUGUGAAAACACCUCGUAUUCCACCGCCACCAAUUAGGAGAGCAAGUAUAUCAGGUCCCUAAUUUCUUCAAUCAGCCCGUCAUGAUACUUCAAAAAGUGUCUCCUUUGCUCCUCCACAAUGACUACCUUCAAGUCCCAAACAUAUGAUAGCGUACCCGUCACCGAUUCUCUUCCCCAAUACGACACAAUUUGCACGUCUGCAUUAUCAGCAGAUUUCAUUCAAUGCAAACGAUCCAUAUUUUCCUGUCUAUCAACCAAGCAAAUUGAAACACGUCGUGCCACAGUGCUAUCUCUCAUCCGUGAAAUCGUCUCCUCUCCUGGUUUUAACACUUACUCUGUCCCGCCAAUUGUCAAUUCCUGCGCUGAUGCUCUCCCCGCAGCAGAGUUCUCCGACCUCCUGCAACAACCCAAUAUCGAGGAUCACACGGCGCUGUAUUGGGCGAUCAUAAACAACCGACGAGACGUCCUUUGGGCGUUUGAUAAAUUCAUUUCCCAAUACUCGCCGGUUGCCUUUGCCGACUUGCGUAUUGCAUGUAUGGCGGUCAGCGACCACGAUUUGUUUAUGCAGAUGGAUUUGGGGGACGACGUUAAUCCCAAGGAUAAAUCUUUAAGACGCAUGUUGGGUUGUCCGCGAGAUGAGAUCAACGUGUUUCACCACGGACUAAGUGAAUUGGAUUCACCGCCCGAUUAUCUUAAAGGGGAUGAACUGGACGAAAACCACUUCAUUGCUAGUUUCUCCUUCAAAAUGUUCCAAAAACGCCUGCGUAUUACACGAAAUUUGGCAGUAGAAUUUGUUGCUCGGGGACGUAUAUGGGUUUUGCGCUUUUAUAUGGGAUCGGAAGGGAAAUGGUGCAUUGAGUAUGGUCUUUCUGAAAAUAGUAGCCCGCCAGUACGUUCGCACGCCAAAUUUGCGAUACUAGCACACAGCAAUCUGCCUGAACUGACCCGUGCGCUGUACCUGGAACCUCUAAUAAUUAACACACGUCCAUCGCAAACGCUUGUACCUCGAAAGUAG